ACCAUGUGACGUACAGAAGGCAGACUGCAGUUGAACAGUAUGGAGCGGAGAGCGCUGGCGGUGUUUGUGGUGUUUUUAAGUUUUUCUUCGCAUUGCUGCUCUUCACAGACUUAUAUCCUGAACGAUAAAGACGGACUGGGGAGAGUUUUUGACGGAAUUGGAGGCUUGAGCGGCGGAGGGGCGACGUCUCGUUUACUGGUCAAUUACGCUGAGCCUUACCGCAGCCAGAUAUUAGACUACCUUUUCAAGCCAAACUUUGGGGCGUCUUUGCACAUACUGAAGGUAGAGAUUGGAGGAGAUGCCCAAACUACUGAUGGGACGGAGCCGUCGCACAUGCACUAUGAGAAUGAUGAAAACUACUUCAGAGGCUAUGAGUGGUGGCUUAUGAAAGAGGCUAAGAAGAGGAACCCGAAUAUCACACUCAUAGGUUUGCCCUGGGCGUUUCCUGGUUGGGUGGGCCAUGGCAAGAACUGGCCCUAUGACUUUCCAGACAUCACUGCAGCAUACGUGGUGAACUGGAUCCUUGGGGCUAAGCAGUACCAUGAUCUGGACAUUGAGUAUAUUGGGAUUUGGAACGAGCGAAACUUUGACAGCAAGUACAUCAAGCUGCUGCGGUACACACUGGAUAAGAGCGGCUUGGAGAGGGUCAGGAUCAUAGCCAGUGACAACCUGUGGGAGCCCAUUACCCUGUGUCUGCUGCUAGACCCCGAGCUCAGCAGAGCUGUAGACGUGAUAGGGGCCCACUACCCAGGCACCAACACAGUAAUAGAGGCCCUGAAGACACAGAAGAAGCUGUGGUCCUCCGAGGACUACAGCACCUUCAACGAUGAGGUGGGAGGAGGCUGCUGGGCUCGCAUCCUCAACCAGAACUAUGUCAACGGACUCAUGACUGCCACCAUCUCCUGGAACCUGGUGGCCAGCUACUACGAGGAGCUGCCGUUCGGCCGAGACGGGCUGAUGACAGCUCAGGAGCCCUGGAGUGGCAACUAUGUGGUGGAGUCUCCUAUCUGGAUCACAGCCCACACCACACAGUUCACUCAGCCAGGAUGGACGUACCUGCAGACUGUUGGACAUCUGGUACAAGGUGGAAGUUAUGUAGCCCUUACUGAUGGAAACGGAAACCUCACUGUUGUCAUAGAAACCAUGACUCAUGAUCAUUCAGUUUGCAUAAGACCUCCACUCCCUCACUUCAACGUGACAUCCCAGAAUGCAACCUUCCAGCUGAAGGGAUCCUUUGCCUCCAUCAAGGAGCUCCAAGUAUGGCGUUCGCAGUUCAACUUCAAAACAAAAAAGCCUUCCUCCUUCUUCGAGAAGCUAACUCCACUGAAGCUGUCAGACGGAUCAUUCACCUUAAAUCUGGCUGAAGACGAGGUUUACACAUUAACCACAAUGACAGCAGGACAGAAAGGCAGUUACCCCGAACCACCUGCCUCCGCUCGCUUCCCCAAAGUCUACAAGGACGACUUUAAUGUCCGAAACCCUGCCUUCUCAGAAGCUCCAGACUUUGCUGACCAGACCGGGGUGUUUGAGUACUACAUCAACCUGACCGACCCUGGACCUCACGUUUUCACCUUGCGCCAGGUUCUGACUGAGAGACCCGUCACAUGGGUGGCAGACGCUGACCAGACCAUCAGCGUCAUAGGAGACUAUCAGUGGCAGAACCUGACCGUCUCAUGUGAUGUCUUCAUGGAGAAAGUUAAGACUGGUGGUGUUUUUGUAGCAGCCAGGGUGGAUAAAGGAGGGCAGUCAGUCCGUAGCGCCAAAGGAGUCUUCUUCUGGGUCUUUGCAGAUGGCACAUACAAAGUCACCAAUGAUCUCGCGGGUCAGACGGUACUGGCUGAGGGACAGUCUGGUACCCGAGCAUAUGGUUGGCACACCCUAUCCCUCACUGUAAAAGGCCAGUAUGCGUCAGGGCUGCUGAAUGGAUAUCCACUGUGGAAGAAAGCUGUGGUACUGAACCCAAAGAAUGGCUGGGCCGCCAUAGGAACACACUCAUAUGAACUGGCUCAGUUUGAUAACUUUUCUGUGGAGGCAGAAAAAUGAUUCCACUGUGAAAUAAUGAUUUACACUAUGUUGUGAAUGUUCUGAUUAAUUUAUUGACUUGAUCAAUACGUUGAUUUAACACCUCAGAGUGAUAUCUCUGGCUUCAAGUAAAAUACAGAUUUGAUUUUUUUUUUUUUUUAUUGUUCUUAAGAUUUAAAAGGUUUUACACAAGCAUUGAGGGAACAUCAUGUAACAUAAAUCACAGUACCCUUGAAAUCUGCUGUCUUAACAUCACUGUAAAUUAUUUUGCACUAUGUGGUUUUUAUGGAAUAAAAACAUUUUAUAUUUUC